AUGAUUGUUGAUAAUUUAUAUCAUAAGAAAGUAAUGAACAAAAAUGAAGCUGAACCAGGCCAUCAUCAUACACAUUCAGAACAUAACGAAAGCGAUACAACGGUUGGCCUACUAGAACCAGAGAACUGCGAACAAUUUUUACAGGUCGCCGAAAAAAAUAAUCAUUUUCAUGUUCAUGACCACGACCAUCACCAUGAUCAUGAUCACGACCAUAACCACGCUGCUGAGGGUGUAACAUGGCGCUUAAUUCUUAUGAUUAGCUUGACUGGUAUAUUUUUCUUUGCUGAAUUAAUCACUGGAAUUAUAACCAAAUCAUUAUCACUUCAGUCUGAUGCUUGGCAUAUGCUUUCAGAUGAGAUGUCGCUAAUUAUCGGUCUUGUUGCUCACGAAAAAGCAAAGAAACCUCCAACAAAGAAAUAUACUUUCAGUCUUGCACGUGCUGAAGUUAUUGGAGGAUUCACAAACGCUAUUUUCUUGCUUGCU